UGCAGCCUGGUCACACUUCACACUGGUGGUCUUUUGAUGACGACAAAUUUAGCAAUUUAAAAAGUUUACUUUGGUAAAAAUGCACGAGCUCUCCGGCGCUACGCCCGCACACGUAUUUGGAACAAAUGUUUGCUGAACAACGGUGGCCCACUCAAUGUAAACGCCAAUAUCUCUUCCACCGCCGCCGCCGUCGCCGCCGGAUUAUUUUGUUUACAAUUUUGCUUGCACAAGUGCACAAGUCCAAGUCCUCGGUUCACAGUUUCGGCCUUAAUUUUAGUGGCAAAAACGCCGAAGUACAUUAGUUCGCACCGUGUCGCUAGCUGUCGCGUCUAAGUGCUUAUCAGAACAGCGCUCGCAGUUAGGUAUCUCCUCACAUUUUGCCUACGCGGCCAGACGCGUGGAGUUCCCAUCCAAGCGAGAGAAAGUUAGGCAGGCAUCCCUUCCGCUGAAGACAAGACGAUGCUGGCCCACUCCGGACAUGUGAUGACGCUGGCCAACAGCAUUAUAGGCGUUGGUAUCCUGGCCAUGCCUUUUUGCUUCCAAAAAUGCGGCAUUGUACUAUCCAUCCUGCUGCUGGUGCUGAGCAAUGGCAUCACGAGGGUUUGCUGUCACUACUUGAUCAAGACCUCGCUGCUGACACGUAGGAAGAGCUUCGAGCUGCUCGGCCUGCACGCUUUCGGGGCUUCCGGCAAGCUGCUGGUGGAGCUGUGCAUCAUUGGCUAUCUGAUUGGAACGUGCAUCACCUACUUUGUGGUCGUGGGGGAUCUGGGACCGCAGAUAAUAGCCAAGCUGUUUGCCAUAAACGUGGCAGAGCAUCUGCACCUCCGGAGCCUGGUAAUGGUGGUGGUUACUGUGGUCUGCAUUGUGCCACUGGGCAUGCUCCGAAACGUGGACAGCCUGUCAGCUGUGUGCACUGCCUCCAUUGGCUUCUACGUGUGCCUGAUGCUCAAGAUUGUGCUGGAGGCGGAGAGUCACAUAGCGGCCAAUGAUUGGACAGAGAAGGUUCUCUACUGGGAACCAGCGGGCGUGCUCCAGUGCUUGCCCAUCUUCAGCAUGGCGCUCUCCUGCCAAAUGCAGCUGUUUGAGGUCUUCGAGAGCAUUAACAACCAGAGUCUCGACAAGUUGAAUGGCAUUGUGCGCAACGCCACUUGGAUCUGUACUUUUGUUUACAUAUCUGUUGGUUUUUUCGGCUAUGUGGCCUUCUGCACCCACACUUUUUCAGGCAACAUUCUGGUGAAUUUGUCCACCUCUUUUGGCAGUGAUAUCAUCAAAAUAGGCUUUGUACUGUCGAUUGCAUUUAGCUUUCCCCUGGUUAUCUUUCCCUGCAGGGCCAGUAUCUACUCGCUGCUAUACAGAAAGGGACACACGGAGAGCAGCAGUUACAUACCUGAGCAGCGCUUCCGGCUUAUCACUGUGUUCAUUGUGGGCUUCUCGCUAUGCGUGGCCCUGGUCAUUCCCUCCGUAGAGCUUAUCAUUGGUUUGGUUGGCUCUACGAUAGGCGUGGCCAUUUGCAUUAUGUUUCCCGCCUCCAGUUUCCGCAAGAUCAUCAAAAAGGAGUCUAUGGAACGCACUCUGGCCCAGUUUGUUUUUGUCAGCGGCUUUUUGCUUAUGAUUCUGGGCACCUACGCCAACCUGAGUGCCAUCGAUGAGCAGAGUUCGGGGCCGGAGUUCGAUAUGGUUCAAUUGGUCACCCCGCUGUUUCCGGCGGGACAAGUGCCAGUGGAGCUACCCAAACAUCUGAGCAAGGAAACGGCUGAAAGUGAAAAGAACCUUUUGCAGAAGCUGGAAAUUCAAAAUCCUGAGAUUAUCAAGGAUUCAUUGGGGGAGAAGAUCCUCGAGAAGCCUAAGGAGAAGCCAUCGGAGCCACCCUUACCACCACUGCCUAUUGAUGAGGUUCAUGUGGUGCCUUUGGAGAGUGAUAAGGCUGCCAGCGAGGCCAAGAAACCCGUAGAAGCCGAGGCGGAAGUAAAACCCCCGGAAGUAAAACCGGAAGUCGAUGUCAACUUGACAGCUGCCAAGCCCAAAGAGAACCCACCCCCCAUUGCCGCUGCUCCAACAGAGGCUCCCAAAAUGGGAGUAGCUAGCAAUACCAUUGACGGAGCGGCCAUCAAGAAAGAGGAGGAGGUGGCCGCCGAGGAGCAGAAGGAGAGCAAAGCUAAUGCGGAGGAGCUGCUAAAGACGCAAAAGGAGCUCAAGGAGACAAAGAAACUGCUGGCCAAGACUGUGGGCGAGCUGAACGAAGAGCUGGCCAAAAAGAGUCCACUUAAGGAGGACCUUAAGAAGGAGCCUGAGGCUGAGGAAUCCAAGGAACCCAAAGGAACCCAGAGAGAGAACCCACCUGUUGCCGAGGACAAGGCAGAGCGCAGGCCCAAGGCCUCCCUGAUGGACAUACUUACCGAAAAUGCUCAUUUGCGGGAUGAGAAGGAAGCCCAUGCUGGUGUCUUUGAGCCAUUGUCCUAUAAAACUGGCGAACUCUUGAAGAACUCCAGUGUGGACAGGGCGUCCCUCAUCAAACGGCUGCCCAUACCCUUGGCCCUGAUGGUGAAUGCCACGCUGGGGGCCAAGGACACAGUCAAUGGCAAUGUUACAGAGGCUAAAAAGCCAAAUAUCGAGGAUAAUGUCGAGGCCAUACGGCGAGAGCUGCUCAACCUGAGGACUGAACAGCCGCUGGCGAGGAUCAAGCGGGAGACGGGCGAGAACUGUCUGCGCGAACCCAAGCUAGAUGAAGUCAAUAAUAACCCCUUAGCGGCAGCAGCUGGCUUGAGCUUAAACCUGGAGAGCAUAGGACGCGAUCUCAAGUCCAUCAAGGAUGACGAUGUCGAGAUAACCACUGAAAACGAAACAACCUACCAACCGACUUCCAACGGAACCCGACCUCCGCAGCUUACGUAAGCUUUAUGUACAUAAACUAUAUACACGUAUUUAUUUAGUGUGUAAGAGCGAGACAGUAAGCUAGGCGAAAGUAUAUAGAAAUAUAUAUAUUUAUAUUGAUA